UCUUGAUAUCUUUCCUUCUUCCUCCUGUCAGCGCGCAUCUGGUCUAGUUCGCCAAAUACUAACCGGCUACCACGGCUACAGUCAGUUACUAUAGUCAGCCGGCAGUUCUCAUCGGACCUUCACCAAGUGAUUCGCCUUUCCUUUGAGAUCCUCCAAAUGUCUGAGAAAUACUUGAACGUACAUUUAGUCGAGAUCACGGGACAGUUGUUGAAACAUCGAUCUUCUCGGAACGGAUUUCCCCGACCGACUUGGACUGACUUGAUCCAAAAUCGAUUUUGAGGAUUCAGCUCAUCAUUAUAGAGUAAAUACGUGGACAAUCAGGAUGACGCGAAAGAGGAGCAUCUCAUCGUUAUGAUAUCCGAUGUUAAAACAUAUUGUGGGACAAUAAGUUUUUAAUUUAAAAGCGCAUUCUGGAACUUCAAUAUUAUCAGAAACGAGACAAGAAAAAAAUAAAAAGAGAAAAAGAUAAAGGAAGAAGUAAGGAAGAAACACAGCUCGGUCAUCAGCUCACUUUCUUUUUCACAAGAGAGAACAGAGAUGAAUCGUACGGAAGGAAACGAGCUCUGGGUAUUCGGAUAUGGAUCGCUUUGCUGGCAUCCUGGUUUCGCGUACACGAAAAGCAAGACCGGCUACGUGAAGGGCUUCAGCAGGCGAUUCUGGCAAGGCAAUACCACGCAUCGUGGAACGGCAGAAAAGCCUGGGCGAGUCGUUACUUUAAUCGAGGACAAAGAGGCUGUAGUUUAUGGACGAGCGUUCCAACUUCAGAAUAGUUGCAAUGUGGAUAACUUUUCCUACUUAGAAAACCGCGAAUGUACCUUAGGAGGAUACGACCUGACAACUAUCGCGACAUUUUACAGCCAGCACGGGGAUUUGCAAUUCCCCGUGAUAAUUUACAUUGCCACCAACAAGAACAAACAAUGGCUCGGCGAGGCAUCGUUGCAGACUGUAGCGCGUCAAAUCACUGAAUGUUCCGGUCCAAGUGGACAUAACGUCGAAUAUCUUUUACGCUUGGCGGAGUUCAUGCACCGUUACUUGCCGGAGGCGAACGACGAGCACCUCUUCACGCUGGAAAUGUUAGUACGUUCGCGAAUAAAGGAAGAGAACAUGUGCUUGGUGACGUUGAUGGGAAAUAACAACUUCGACAUCGACCUCGACGAGGACGCGGAAUCGGCUGUUCCCGCAGAAGAAAUUAACGAGCGAUCCAGGGAAAACUCUUUCCAGUUUAGCGCGCGAAUUCCGUCCAAAAGCUUGCGUUGUGUAAAAAUGUAAUCAAUUGGAUCGUACAGUUGUACGAUAUUGUAUUUUACAACUUUGAUUACACAUCCGUAUGAUAACGAAUGAAAGAAACGGAAACUUAUCUUUUUAGAAAUAUGCAAUUCGAUAAAUUUCCGAAUAUAUAAAAAUGCAAACUAGUUGAUUUUAUUCCUAGUUUGG